AUGGCCAACUGCCAGGUCAAGUUUGGCAUCUUGCUGAAUGCGCAGACCCAUGCAGAGAUCUGGGCUGAGCUUCAGGUCAAGCAGGACAACAAUGUUCUGAUGGUUCUGGGGGACACCCUGCCAUCUGAAGACACGUCAGCUUCAGACGCAACAGCUACAGUGGAGGAAGAGCAGUGUGAGUAUAAGAAAGUGUUGGUGGACAUGCUGCACACACUUCAUGAGUGUGGUGCUUUGCAGCCAAGGAACACAGUCAAUAUUGCAGCACUCAUCAAACCCCCCAAAAAGGACACUUUAGACCAGGUGCCCAAUGAAGAAAUCUUUUGCGCUGUGAUGGAAUUACGCAACACAAUCAAUCAUAUAGACACCAACAGCAGUGACAACAAACGUGGUGAAGUGAUCCUGCUAUGGCCAUCUUGGGUUGAAGCACUCAAUGCUGCUGAAACACUCUGUUAA